AUGCGCUCUCUGAUCGGCCUGUUUUUCCUCCUGGCACAGACGCACGCUCUACCAGGUCUUUUACAGAGCCAGAACUCAACAGUCCCAGCGCCCUUUCCGCACUUACUUGCAAGCCGCGAUGACGAACCCUGGGACAGUGCAGACCUUUCCUGGAUCACCAAACUGGCCGCCAUCGGCGAUUCCUACUCGGCUGGUAUCGGCGCUGGCGACAGGCUGGGAAAUAUAUUCCAGUUCACCGACAAUCAGAGUGACUACGCCUGCAGUCGCUAUGACCACGCGUAUCCAUAUCUCAUCAACCAGGACGAACGCCUGGGCGAUCCAAGCAAGCGCAACUUCCAGUUCAAAUCGUGCUCGGGGGCUGUGACAAAGGACGUCCUGGAGACGCAGAUCCCGGCCCUUGAUAACGAUCAGCAGGUCAUAUUGCUGUCAAUCGGUGGCAACGAUCUUGAGCUCUCUAAUAUCCUGAACCAGUGCAUCUUCCAAUGGGCGUCUAUAACCAAAACGCAAGCGAUCGUGCUGAAGAUAGAAGAAAUCAAGCAGUGGCUCACAGGACAAAAGUUCAAAUGGGCGGAGCUCGUUGACGCUGAUGUUCUGAGCCGAGGAUGCGACGGGCAGCUGGACCUUGCGCAGACGUUUAUUGACAGCAGCGAGUUUAGCAGCAAUAUCGACAAGGUGCUCGAGGCAGCCAAGGGGAAAUUGGCCCAGGAUGGGAUGAUUUACUACACUGGGUACGCCAAGUUCUUUGAUGAAGAACUAUCUCCAGAAUGUGACAACGUGUCCUGGGCAGUCUGGUAUUUUAGACUAUACAAUGGGUGGCAGGACAAAGCCAUGCUCACCAGAGACCACCGCAAGCGGAUGAAUGAUCUCGUUGACGCUGUCAAUGCCAAGCUGGAAGAAGCAACUAAUCGGGCCGGACCAAACGUGCGCUUUGUCAACUACGACCAGUAUUUCGGCGAGUUCAAGGGGCGAUAUUGCGUGCCGGGCGUUGACGAGGCAGCCAGCGACAGCAACACUCGAACGGGGCUGAUGUUCUACGAGCACAAAACCUCCGACCCCUUUGGCACAAACCCUUGGAAGCGCGACCUUCAUGACCAGGAGAUUCUGGGUACAUUUGGGGGAUACCAGAAUGCCCUCGCGCAGAUUACGCUGCUGCUGGAUCCCGAGGCUGAGCUGGUGCACGAAGACAGGGUCGAGAUUCCAGAUGAGGCUCCGACGGGGGCCGAGGACAUUCCAUUGAUAUACCCGGACAGCGUGCAAGAGGAUAGAGAGGGCCUGAUAGACGAGGUAGCGGAGGACGCCGCUGUUCCGGGUUUUCUGCCAGACGGCUACGGACGCGUCUUCCACCCCCAAAUCCUCGGCCACGAAAUCAUCGCAAACCUCGUCCUCUACCACAUGACAAACGACAACGCAAAGCGAAACAGCAAGCCUGAAGCACCCGAAACCCUCAGCCUCCAAGCAUGCCCGCUGAUCCCAGCUCCGGCGCCGGUCACGCCGCUCGAGCUGGGCAACCAGGAAUGCAAACCGGCUUUUGACGGGCACGACGACGUGCACGAGGACAACCUGAACUACUGGGCCAGGUGGCUGUGCCAGGAUCAGGAAGCGACGCUAUACAAUAUGGGGCCGGGUUCGAAGGAGGUGUUUUGGAGGCCCGAGCAGUCAGGGGUCGUGAUGAAUUUCCGUAUCCGGUGGAACGAGGGUUGUAAGACGACGCAAAAGGACCAGUCGCCGAGGUUUCCUCUGCAUCCGCGCGAGGACGUUACGUGUCAGAAGAUGUUUUGGGAGAAUUGGAGGAAUUGCAACAAUGGUGGUGUUGGGGGCUGGAGAGAUGCUGGAUGUCUGCGAUACGAAUUCUGGGCAGAAUAA